AUGGCUUGGACAAUAAAGGUAGCUGUCCUAUGUGUUGUAGGCACCAUAAUCGUUGCAAAUAAGGAGUAUAAAUCACCAUUACAAGUGUUCCUGAAACCCAAGGACAUUGAAAGUCUCUUCAAAAUGAGGAAGACGUAUUACGUAGCAGCGAGUACAGUCCGAAGAGGUCCCUUGGAGUUUCCACGUUAUGAUUCCUACUGUGGUGAAGUGAGCGUGAUAAGAUCAGACGUGCCCUUUUUAAUAGAGAGGCGCUUUCUUUAUUACGCUAAAGGAAGAUGGCAUUGGCUUAAGGCGAACUACAGCGUGAGCAUUGAGACAGACUGGACUGGGGAAACGCCUAGAGACUAUGCUGCGGUUACAUCUAUGCACGGAAUGAAAACACUCGUGCAAGCUCUAUAUCUACUUUGGUUAGAAAACAACACUUGCGCUCUUUUCUACGACAAGCAUUCAGGUGACUGCGAGUCUUGGGAGUUCACAAGGCGUCCCCUUAAAGAAAUAGGACAAUCGGACUGCUCGAAGUUAACAGUAGUAUGCCAAAAAAGAUCUUCUAUUCGCUACCUUGAAGAAUGCUACAAACAUCAUGAAACUUAAAACUCAUCGAUGCCUCCAAGCUUGUUGUUGUUCACCAAUGACAAAUAAAUGGUGUCUGAAUUAA